AUGGCACGAAACCAAGAGAAGGCUCAAUCGAUGCUGAACCGAUGGAAGUUGAUGCAGUCAGGCACAUUUGUUGACAAUCGCCAGACAAAGCCCAAAGCCCCGAACAUGUGCAAAACACUACAAGAAGCAAAGUUUUGGCGGCAGAUGGUUGUUAAAGACAUGACACAAAAAAUUGGAGAAAUCCAAAACGCGGGGAUUGGCGAGAACACUGUCCGUUCGAAAAACAUCGAAAUAAACAAAUUGAAUAAAGAACGUUGUGCCUAUGAAAGAAAGAUUAUUGAAUUGGGUGGUGUUGUUGCAUCAAAAAAGGAUGAACGCUUCGAAGAGCGCUUUAUGUAUUUCGGCGCUGCAAAACUCCUUCCCGAAGCAAAGUCAGAAAACUCAAAUUUAAAAGAGAAAACGCAACUUAAAGAAGACUUAAAGUUGCUUGGUGAGGAGUAUUAUGGGAUGGACGAGUAUGAGACACAAGAACUUCUCGAAGAAGAAAGACGCGAAGAAGGAAACUUGAAGAAAAAAAUGAACGCGUCUUAUAUGGAAAUUGAGUGA